UAUAGAAUAUUGUAAAAUCCUUGAUGCCACUGUCUACCUAGCUCCCCGUAUAUGGAUGAAACCCUACAAAAUUCUACCACUGAAUUUCUGCCCAAAAAUUGCAGCUGUUUUCCUGCUUGCUUCGGAUCUUCCAACAAGAAACUUUCCAAAGACAUGAAAGCUGCUCCAAGUAGCUCCAAGAACAACAAGACAACCUCGUUGACAUUUUUUUCCAGAUUUUGUGCCAAUAAAUCUACCGUUGAAACUGUACAGAUAAAGGCCGCCGUGCCGGAAAAACCUUACCGGAGUACCAAAGAGUUCACUGAUCAAUCUCCCAAGCUACACAAAAUGAUAUCUCCACAGAAGAAUAACAAGCAAGCCGCCGCGAUUAACAAGAUAUACAGCCACAAGAAAGAUGAUUCAGAGAUAGACAAGCUCGGUAUCGUCGAAAAAAACAGCAAGUUCCACCGAUCAAUUCUAUUAGUGAAGGAUCCCAAUCGGCAAAACCCGAAAAAAGAAAAAAAGAGAAGCCGGUCUAGCAACUUCGUUCCACUUCAGGUAGAAAAUGAUGCGGUUCUGUCAACUAAAACCACAAGGGUGCUGCCGCAUUCGAUAUCUCUGCCACCCCCAAAUCGACCAAAAGAGACCCCGGUUCGCGGCGAAAAUGAGAUUAAAAGUGGCGGAGAAAAUGAGGGCAAACUUGAUCCGAUAAUCGGGAUGACAAUCAUGAUGGGGACUCUAGUGAUAAUGUUGAUCUGGGGAAAGGUCUGCGCGAUUCUUUGCACGUGUGCAUGGCUUUACAUGGUUCCCCGGUUAAGAACUGUGGUGGAUUCUAGAGAGAGAAAGUCCGGCGGUUUGGAUUUUGAGUCGGUGGAGUACAAGAAAAAGGUAGUGUUGGAGGGACUUCUGAAACGGGACCGCCGCCGUGUGGCCGGAAAUUUGUAGAUACAACUUAUUCAUACAUUAUAACAUUAUAGUAAAGGUUGCCGCGUCUUCUAUAUUUUGUGGCCUUUUUUUUUUUACCUUAUAUUUGAAAUAUAUAAUUAGAAUUUAUAAAAAGCGGAGUAAAGAUGCCAGUUCUUUCAAAA